UAAUGGUGAUGAUGAUGGAAUGCAUAAAAAAAGUAAACAUGAUAAGAUCAAAAAUACAAAUGAUGACGAUAGCAAUCAUAAAAAGAAUAAACAUCGUAAAAGUAAAUAUUUAAUUAAUGAUGACAAUGGUAAAAAUAAAAAAAAUAAACGUCAUAAGAAUAAAGAUAUAAAUGACAAUGAUGAUGACAAACAUAUAAAAAAUAAAGGUAAGCAUAAAAAAAAUAAACGUCAUAAGAAUAAAGAUAUAAAUGACAAUGAUGAUAAUGGCAAACAUACAAAAAAUAAAGGUAAGCAUAAAAAAAAUAAACGUCAUAAGAAUAAAGAUAUAAAUGACAAUGAUGAUGGCGAACAUCUAAAGAAUAAAGGUCGUAAAAAAAAUAUAAGAAAUGAUGAUAAUAAUGACGAUGAUAGUGGCGGGCAUAAAAAGAAAAAUCAUAAAAAAAACCAAUUUAAGGAUCAUGAUAAUGAUGAUGUUGGUAGGCAUAAAAAAAAUAAAAGUCAUAAUAAAAAUGAUUUAAAUGAUGAAGAUGUCGAAAUAUUACGAAGUAAAAACACUGAUAAAAGAAAGAAAAAAAAAAUUAAAAAAAAUAUUUAUUCAUCUGAGGAAAAUAAUGAAGUUAAUGGUUCCAGCAUUCAAAUUAACAGUGACGAUAAUAAUUCUCAAAAAAGAUUAAAAAUCAAAAAUAAUAAAUCAAAAAUUUCCAAAAAAACAAAUUCAACUAAUAGCAAAAAAUUGUCACCUGAAGAGAAGUCAAAAUAUAUAAAACAUUCCAAAACUAUAAAAUAUAAAAAUAAAGAAAUUCCUGUAGAUGGCAGUGAUGAAGAUACAAAUGAAAAUAAUUAUAAUUCAGAAGAAACCUACGUAAAAUAUAAUCAAAAUAAUGUACUAAAAGAUAAAAAGCAUAAACAUAAGAAGCAUAAUAAAUAUUUAAAAACUAGUAAAACUUACAAAUAUAAAGAAAUACCCAUAGAUAACGAAGAUAAAAAUUCUGAUGAAAAUAAUGUUAAUUUAGAAGAAACCUAUAAUAUAAACAUUACUAGUGAUGAUGAUGCGCUUAAACAGAAAAGGCUUAGACAUAAAAAAAUUAAAAAAAAGAAGAAUAUUGAUAUUAAUAUUGUAAAAGACACUGACACUCAAGUUCUUAAUAACGAUAAUAAUACGAAAAAUGGAUACAAAUUUUACACAUUUUAUCAAUAUACAAAUCCAUUAGCAAGUUUUUUUUACUAACUCAUAUUAUACGUACGAUAAUAUUGUUUGAUAAAGACUUGUAAAAAUAACUUGUUAUAAUUGUUCCAUGUGAAAACUGUUUUAACACAGGUACCCUUUUUUUCAAUACUGACCAAAUUUAUAAGCUGUGAUUAUAUAAUUAUCAAUGAAUAUUUAUUUACAUCUGGACUCCAAAGACAUAUAAUUAAUACCUACAUUUUAAAUAAUA